GCUCGGUGGAUCUUCAGUCUCACAUCCAGGACUUCGACAAACGUCCUCCAUGUGGUGAGUGCGGAGCGUCUGAGUUCUACUUUUACUCAAACUGGACCGACUCCAGACCAGAACCUUCUGACCGGUUUAAGGACCAGAACCUUCUAACCAGUUUAUGGACCAGAACUUUCUGUGCAGAAUAAGGACCAGAACCAGACUGGUUUAUGGACCAGAACCCUCUGACCAGUUAAAGGACCAGAACCUUCUGAGCGGUUUAAAGACCAGAACCUUCUGACCAGUUAAAGGACCAGAACCUUCUGAGCGGUUUGCGGGUCAGAACCUCAGAGGUGUUAUGUGACGCCUCUAUCUCUGUGACUCUGAUCAGAUGAUCAUCCCAUCACCUGAUUCCACGCAGACGGACGGAGGAUCUGAUUGGACAUGAAGUUCGGCAGCAGUCGUUGCACCCUGAACGUGGGUGGUCGCAGGUUCUCCUUCUCGGUGGAGCUGAUGAAGCGCCUCCCUCUGAGCCGCCUCAGCCGCCUGCACCGCUGCGGGUCGGAGAGCGAGCUGCUGGAGCUCUGCGACGACUACGACCGCGACAGGAACGAGUUCUUCUUCGACCGCCACUCGGAGGCCUUCAGCUUCAUCAUGUUGUACGUCACACACGGGAAACUGCGCUUCGUUCCUGACAUGUGCGAGCUGUCCUUCUACAAUGAGAUGCUGUACUGGGGUCUGGAGAGCUCUGACCUCCAGCUGUGCUGCCAGCGGCGCCUGGACGAGCGCAUGUCCGACUGCUUCGUCCACUUCUUCCCAGAGGAGGAGCUGCGGUGCCCAGAGGAGCCGCAGAGCCGCUGGUUGGAGACCAUGAGGAGGACCUUCGAGGAGCCCACGUCGUCGCUGGCGGCCCAGAUCCUGGCCUCCGUGUCCGUCAUAUUUGUGCUCAUCUCCAUGGUGAUGCUUUGCACCAGUACCUUACCCGACUGGAAGGCCGCCGAGACCCUGGACCAGCACAGGAUCGUGGAGGCCGUGUGCAUCGGCUGGUUCACCGCAGAGUGCCUGGUCCGCUUCAUGGUUUCCAGGGAUAAGUGUGAGUUCGUGCGUCGUCCUCUGAACAUCAUCGACCUCCUGGCCAUCACGCCUUACUACAUCUCGGUGACCGUGACCAUCAUGACCGGGGAGAACUCGCAGCUCCAGCGUGCGGGGGUCACGCUGCGCGUCCUGCGCAUCAUGCGGAUCUUCUGGGUCAUCAAACUGGCGCGUCACUUCCUGGGUCUGCAGACUCUGGGCCUGACGCUGCGCCGCUGUUACCGCGAGAUGGUGAUGCUGCUGGUCUUCAUCUGCGUUGCCAUGGCGAUCUUCAGCGCGCUGGCACAGCUGCUGGAGCACGGCCUGGACCUGGAGUCCGGGAACCGGGACUACGCCAGCAUCCCGGCCGCGUGCUGGUGGGUCAUCAUCUCCAUGACGACGGUGGGCUACGGGGACAUGUACCCGGUGACGGUGGCGGGCCGCGUGCUGGGUGGCGUGUGCGUGGUGAGCGGCAUCGUGCUGCUGGCCCUGCCCAUCACCUUCAUCUACCACAGCUUCAUCCAGUGUUACCACGAGCUCAAGGUGCGCUCCGCCAGGUGCGUGCGCAGCCUGUCCGGGGAGUUCCCGCACUGAGACGCGCACACCUGCACAGGUGAACCAGGACUCAGGUGACCCGCUCAGGUAACCCCCGGACGCACACUCUUUACCCGACACACCUGUCCGGGUCAGGUGACCACAUGGUCAUGUGAUCGAAGGAAACCUGUGGAACCUUCAGGUAAAACCCACGAAAGUAAAACCAGGAUAAAACUGAGACACGCCUUCAAUAAAGGUUUAAUCUGUUUCAUUCUGAGGUUUGUUGACCUACUAGCCCCGCCCCCCAUCCCUAUUGGCUCGUAAUUUAACGUGCAGGCCUUCAUUGGUCCAUCUACCUGUCAUUCACCUGGUCACGUGUCUGUCUCUGUUAGGAAAAGGU